CAACAAUGGUACAAAAAGAAAAGACGCUAGAGGCGCCUCAAGUGGACGGUGAACCGAGUCCCAGCCCUGUCUCCGGAGAGGCUUGUGCGGAGGCCGCCGGCCCCGUGAUAGAAGAGUCCGACAUCGGAGUCGAAACUACGGGUAUUAGAAAAUUCAUCAGCGGAGUCGUGGAAGGCUUUUACGGCAGACCAUGGACAAUGGAGCAGAGGAAAGAGUUGUUCAGGAGGCAGCAUAAAUGGGGACUGAAUACGUACCUCUAUGCACCCAAAGAUGACUACAAACACAGAAUGUUCUGGAGAGAGUUGUACUCGGUGGAAGAAGCAGAGCAACUCAUGACUCUAAUUGGUGCUGCUAAAGAGCAUGGGAUAGAGUUCAUCUAUGCCAUUUCACCUGGACUGGACAUCACCUUCUCAAAUCAGAAAGAGGUCUCUGCACUUAAGAGGAAACUUGAUCAGGUGUCUCACUUUGGUUGCAAGUCAUAUGCCUUACUUUUUGACGAUAUUGACCACAACAUGUGCCCUGCUGACAAAGAGGUGUUCAGCUCAUUUGCACACGCUCAGGUUUCCAUCACCAACGAAAUCUACCAGUACCUGGGAGAGCCUGAAACCUUCCUAUUCUGUCCCACAGAGUACUGUGGAACAUUCUGCUACCCAAGUGUCUCUCAGUCCCCCUACCUUCACACAGUAGGAGAGAAGCUACUUCCUGGAAUUGACGUGCUGUGGACAGGUCCCAAGGUGGUUUCCAAAGAUAUCUCAGUAGAGUCAAUUGAGGAGGUAUCUAAAAUCCUAAGGAGAGCCCCGGUGAUCUGGGACAACAUUCAUGCCAAUGAUUAUGACCAGAAGAGGCUUUUCUUGGGUCCAUAUAAGGGCCGGUCUACCGAGCUCAUCCCCAGGCUGAAGGGAGUCCUCACCAACCCUAACUGUGAAUUUGAGUCCAACUUUGUAGCAAUCCAUACUCUGGCCACAUGGUACAAGUCUAAUAUGAAUGGAGUGCGCAAGGAUGUGGUCAUGACCGACGGUGAGGACAGCACAGUGUCCAUCCAGAUCAAGUUAGAAAAUGAGGGCAGUGACGAAGAGCUGGAGACAGACAUGCUCUACAGCCCACAGCUUGCCCUGAAGCUGGCUCUCACAGAAUGGCUAGGGGAGUUUGGUGUGCCUCAUCAAUACAACAGCCGACAGGUGCCUCAGAGUGGUGCCAAAAGCACAGUCAUCGAUGGGACGACCAUGGCUGCUCCAUCUCUCUGCUCUUCCACCACAGUCACAACUGUGUUCCAGCAGCCCAUCAUGUCUCCAGCCAUGCCGCCUCUCUGCCUGGAUUCACUCUCACACCCCAUGACAAAAAGACCUCAGGAGGAAGAAGAGGUGGAGGUUGAGAAGAAGGAUUCAGAUGAGGAGCCUAUGGAGAUGGUAGUUGAGAAGCUGGAUGAGCCAGAGCCAGACGCAGAAGCUGACACAGAGGAGAAGCACGUUGGUCCUAUCUCAGCAGACAAGAUGGCUGAGGACCUUAAACCCAUGGAUACAGACAAGGAGAGCCUGGCAGAGUCCAAGUCCCCCGAAGAGUCUAUCCAGGAGGACUCUGGGAGUGACAUCGCCCCUAUGCAGACUGACGAUCAGCUCAAACAGGUGCCGCAGACGUUUGACGUGUUUGUGCCCAGGCCCGACGAGAAGCCCCUGUUCACAGCGGAGCCCCUCUCACUUGAGGACCUGAGCUUGCUCGCAGAGCUCUUCUACCUGCCUUAUGAACAUGGACCGAAGGCCAUGCAGAUGUUGAAAGAGUUCAACUGGCUCAGAGCCAACAGCAGCGUCGUCAGUGUCAACUGCAAGAGAAAGGAAACUGAAAAGGUCACAGAAUGGCAGACUAGGGCAGAGAAGUUCGAAGAUAUGUGCUGCUCAGUCAUCCAGAUGUUCACACGUCUGUCCAACUCAGCCAACCGUACCAUCCUGUACGACCUCUACCCUUACAUCUGGGACAUCAAGAGCAUCAUUUCUAUGGUCAAGUCAUUUGUCCAGUGGCUAGGGUGUCGUAGUCAGUCCUCAGCACAAUUCCUUAGAGGAGACCAAGAGCCCUGGGCCUUUAGGGGAGGUCUAGCAGGAGAGUUCCAGAGAUUGUUGCCAAUAGAUGGGGCAAACGAUCUUUUCUACCAACCUCCACCUUCACUGCCAACUUCCAAAAUCUAUUCCAUAAGGCCGUACUUUGCCAAAGAUGAGACUGCAAUUUAUAAAAUCUGUAAAGAAAUGUACUGUGAAGGUAUGGAGGAGGUAACUUUCUCUGACCAGGAAUCUGACCUCGUUGGAGACAGGUUAGUAGGAGGUCUCCUAUCUUUGAGUCCAGACUAUGGGUUUGUGCUCGAGGAUGAAGAAGGGAUAUGCGGUUAUGCUCUCGGCACGGUGGAUGUCAAACCCUUCGUCAAGAAAUGCAAGUUGAACUGGAUUCCCUUCAUGCAGGAGAAAUACAACAAACCAGAUUGUGAGAAGGACCUCACAGAGGCUGAGAAGAUGAUGUUGAGUUUCCAUGAAGAAGAGGAGGGUCUUCCAGAGUCCUUUCUGUCCAAUUUUCCCUCUCUCAUCAAAGUUGACAUUCACGCCAAGGUCACUGACCCCAGCGUAGCCAAAAGCAUGAUGGGAUGUUUGCUAUCAUCCCUAAAGGCCAAUGGGUCACUUGGGGCAUUCUGUAAGGUUCGUCAGACCGAUAAGAGAAUGUUGGACUUCUACAGUAAGCUGGGAUGCUUUGAAGUAGCCAAAAUGGAGGGCUUCCCCAAAGACAUCAUCAUCAUGGGACGAAGCUUAUGAAGAAACGUCCUGCUGCAAUAAGAAACAGAGAAAAAAAGAGCAAGAGAGAGCAAACCGCAGUUCGAAGGCGUAAAAAAACCGUUUGCUACCUUCAUGAGACAAACUUCCAUGAUGAUUUUAGACUGCAUUACCAUCUGGGCUAGUCCGGGGAAACCUGUUUUUAAGAUUUGUGUACAGAAGCACAGCACACACAGAUUCCCUGUGCUGCCCAUAGAUGUUACAGCUCUGUUGGAUUCAACAGAUCCGAAGCUAUCAGGCCAAGAAGUGAUCUGUAGUCAGUUGAUAAGAGCCAACAAGAGUGGCACUCCAGCAUUCAUUCCUGGGGUCCCACUACUUAUAUACCUCCAGGAGGCAGGAAGUGACAACUCCGUGAGCCUUUUUUUUCUGAUUUAAUCCAGCAGCCAUUACAUGGAUAUUGCCCACAUGCCCUAACGCAAAGUGUCUGUAUGUGAAAUGGAGGCAGAGCUGUGAAACGAGGGCAGCCUGUAUCUCAGGUAGUGUCUCACUACCCUCGCGUCCUGUUUUCCCAGCUUUGACACAGAGAAGUAACACGUCUCUCCUCAUAAACCGGACACCAUUAUACAGGAUGUGAAAAGUGCUGUGUGAGAAUUUGCCUUUCAUCAUCACAUCAUGGGUUUUUCUGGUUGCUCAACAAUAGACCCGGUGAAAGAGGCCUUUAUUAAAGGGCACGUCACAGAGAUAAAGUGACGUUAAAUGCUGAGUCUUUACACACGAAAGAAGGAAAAUUGUAGCUUAGGGGAUCGUCACAGUCCAGCAAAGGAAAAAGUAUUUGUUGAGACUGUUAAAGACUCAAUCAGGAGGUCUUCUGAAUUUCAGUUCGAGUGUUAGACAUUUUGGAAAGCAACAGAAAAGCUUCCACAAGUUUACAAACAUGGUUCUCAGCCUGAUUCUGUUCAGCGCUUUGCUUUUGGCCAUUUUUUUUUAAUAACACUUUUUUUGUGUGCUUAUUUCCCCUUUGAGCUAUUGCCUUUUGGGUCAUUGCCUUUGGAUUUUAGGUUUAUAUUGCCGACCCCAGUGUCUUCUGUGUCGAGGCUUUCCAACACGUGUGAUUUUGGACAUUGGCCUUGUUGUUGCUCAAAUUCCAGAGAAGUAGCCUGCUCUUUCCCCUGACUUUAGCAGUCACAUGUCAAAUCCAGCACAGCAAUCCUUCAGUGAGCUAUCAGAGGAAACACAGGCCAUCUUUUUAAAGGCAUGUCAGAUGGUACAUUUACUAAAUGUUAUGGAAAUGUUAAUGUCUUUGUUUUUCCGAUUGUUAAAAUAUUUAAAAUGAUAAAUAUAGCAGUAUGCUCUUUCAAAGAAUGAAACUCCAAUCAGUGGGACCAAAAACCUGAUAGUGUGAUCAUCUAUUUUGUAUAAAAAUUUGACAGUUUGGCAGCAUUUCACAUUUGGAUGUCAUUAGUUCAAAUGAGUACAAGUCCUAAGUCUUGGAAGCAUUUAACCCACAUCUGUCAGGAAGCUGCUCAGUUCUUUCUUAACCACUUUUUCAGUACCUGACUACUAAAUCAACAGUUAACCUGGGUUGCAGUUUCAGAUAUGCUGUGCUAUAAAGUCAUUUGUAAUAGUGAAUAAUCAGUUAACGUCUUUCAUUUUUCAUCCUUCCCUGCAAUUUUUACAUUGCAUACUCAAAAAUGAAUGUCUUUUCAGCCGAGCCUCGGCGAGCGCUCUUAAGAUUGCUGAGGUUGUGAAAUCCUGUCACUAAAUGUCACCAAAGUGGCACUGACCCCCACACUGCUGCGCUGCAGCUGUGGGGGUUUGGAGCAGAAAUUCGUAGGCCUUUUCCUAUCUGUCCUUUUGAAUGUUUUAUAUUCUGAUGCAUUUCCCGUUUGUUUAUUGUAAAUCUAUAUAGUUAACAAAAAAAGCACUUUGACUAUAGUUAGGAGUGUUCUGUUAGAUACACGAGGAUCAUCAGUUGCUCUUCAGUAGCUGCCUGCCAAUGUGAUGUUUUGAUACUGUGUACAUUCAUGAUGUGCAUGAGGUGUAUUGGAUUUGCUGUGGCGGUCAUUAGAGUAACCUCAUCCUAUGCUGCGUAGAGGAAGAAGCAUGCCACUCCCCUCUAUGAGCAUAAUACUGUAGUUCAUAGACAGUCUGUAACACUGUCAAUCAUAAACUGUUAUUAUUUUGUAUAUCUUUACUGAAAUUGUGGCAAGCAUUCUGUUUCAUUUAAAGGAAAGGAAAGUGGCGGACAGCAGCAUGUGCUGCACAGCCGUCCUACCUGGUUGUGUCUCAGCGAGUUUGUUAAACUCACCAACGGAUCUGCUGUUCGUCUCCUGAGAUGAGAGUUUUCACACGUAAUUCAAUGGUUAAUUUUGCAGUUUGAUGCUCGUGCUUUCUCUUCUGCCAACUGGGUUUGAUAGAAAUGGGCUGUGACUGAGAGAAAGGGCUCCAAAUGUACAUUUUGAUUAUCUUGAG